GACUAACGAGAACAAAUGUCUUCUGUUUCAGCCCUCUUUAGUGUUUCUGACAAAACUGGCCUUGUGGAAUUUGCCAGAAACCUAACGUCUCUGGGUUUGAAUCUGGUCGCUUCCGGAGGAACUGCUAAAGCUCUCAGAGAUGCUGGCCUGGCAGUCAGAGAUGUCUCCGAGCUAACAGGUUUUCCUGAAAUGUUAGGGGGUCGUGUGAAAACCUUGCAUCCUGCAGUCCACGCUGGAAUCCUGGCUCGUAAUAUCCCAGAAGAUACUGCUGACAUGGCCAAACUUGAUUUCAAUCUUAUAAGCGUCGUUGCCUGUAAUCUGUAUCCCUUUGUGAAGACAGUGGCCUCUCCAGACGUGACUGUUGAGAAGGCUGUGGAGCAAAUUGAUAUUGGUGGAGUAACCUUACUGAGAGCUGCAGCCAAAAACCACGCUCGGGUGACAGUGGUGUGUGAGCCAGAAGACUAUGUGGCAGUGUCCACAGAGAUGCAGAGCUCUGACAGUAAGGACACCUCCUUGGAGACCCGACGCCAGUUAGCCUUGAAGGCGUUCACUCAUACAGCACAGUAUGAUGAAGCCAUCUCAGAUUACUUCAGGAAACAGUACAGUAAAGGAGUCUCUCAGAUGCCCUUGCGAUAUGGCAUGAACCCUCAUCAGACCUCUGCCCAGUUGUACACGUUGAAGCCCAGGCUUCCCAUCACAGUUCUCAAUGGAGCCCCUGGGUUCAUCAACUUGUGUGAUGCCUUGAACGCCUGGCAACUGGUGAAGGAACUCAGAGAAGCUUUAGAUCUUCCCGCUGCAGCCUCUUUCAAACACGUCAGCCCCGCAGGUGCUGCCGUUGGAAUCCCACUCAGUGAAGACGAGGCCAGAGUCUGCAUGGUCUAUGACCUCUACAGCACCCUCACACCUAUAUCGACCGCAUACGCAAGAGCAAGAGGGGCUGAUAGAAUGUCUUCAUUUGGUGAUUUUAUUGCAUUGUCUGAUGUUUGUGAUGUCCCAACUGCGAAAAUUAUCUCCAGAGAGGUAUCCGAUGGGAUUAUUGCCACAGGGUAUGAGGAAGAAGCCUUGAAAAUACUUUCUAAAAAGAAAAACGGAAAUUACUGUGUUCUUCAGAUGGACCAGUCUUACAAACCAGAUGAAAACGAAGUUCGAACUCUCUUUGGUCUUCAUUUAAGCCAGAAGAGAAAUAAUUGUGUCAUCAACAAGUCAUUAUUUAGCAAUGUGGUUACCAACAAUAAAGAUUUGUCAGAAUCUGCCCUCAGAGACCUCAUUGUUGCCACCAUUGCUGUCAAGUAUACUCAGUCUAACUCCGUGUGCUAUGCCAAGAACGGGCAGGUUAUUGGCAUUGGAGCAGGACAGCAGUCUCGAAUACACUGUACACGCCUUGCAGGAGAUAAGGCAAACUAUUGGUGGCUUAGACACCACCCACAGGUGCUCUCAAUGAAGUUUAAAACAGGAGUGAAGAGAGCAGAAAUCUCCAAUGCCAUUGAUCAGUAUGUGACUGGCACCAUUGGCGAGGAUGAAGAUUUGGUGAAGUGGAAGGCACUGUUUGAGGAAGUCCCUGAGUUACUCACUGAGGCAGGGAAGAAGGAAUGGGUUGACAAAUUAAGUGAAGUUGCGCUCAGCUCCGAUGCCUUCUUUCCCUUCAGGGAUAAUGUCGACAGAGCUAAAAGGAGCGGAGUGGCCUACAUUGCAGCUCCUUUUGGUUCCACUGCUGACAAGGUUGUGAUCGAGGCUUGCGAUGAGUUGGGAAUAGUCUUGGCUCAUACGGAUCUUCGGCUGUUCCACCACUAAUGUUACUACAUGUAAAGUUUCUGUGGUUUGCUUAUGUGUAGAUGAACGAUCCUAUGUGAAAUUCUGAAAAUAUCUUAAAAAAAAUAAAAACAUGACAUAUUAAUAAUUGCACCCAUAGUUUUAGGUAGUUGUGUUU